ACGUCACCGCGCAGGGCGGGGGAGCGCGGCCGCUGCGCGCAGGCGCGGCGCGGGGCAGGCCGGGAGGAGCCGCGGCGUUGAUUAGCGCAGGCGCCGGCCGCCAUCUUUCCUCUGUGAGCGGAACGAGUGAGGAGCAGCAUGGGGCACCAGCAGCUCUACUGGAGCCACCCCAGGAAGUUCGGCCAGGGCUCCCGCUCCUGCCGCGUGUGCUCCAACCGCCACGGCCUCAUCCGCAAAUACGGGCUGAACAUGUGCCGGCAGUGCUUCCGCCAGUACGCCAAGGACAUCGGCUUCAUCAAGCUGGACUGAGCGCUGGGAGGAUGAGGCUGUUCACCAGAAGCUCCCGGGGCUUCCCUGAGCCUCCCUGACUCAUCCGCAGCCUCUUGGCACAGCCCUACUUAAUAAAUAGUCUCCCUGUCCAA